CACGUGCGUUUUUCAACAUGGCGGCUGAUUUGACAUACGAAGGUUGUAAUUUUUUCCGACAAAGACUUGUUUUGGCGACGCUUAGCGGUAAAUCGGUGAAAAUAAAAAACAUAAGAGCUGUUGAAGACGAUCCUGGGCUGAAAGAUUUUGAAGCAAGUUUUAUACGGCUCCUGGACAAGGUAACAAACGGAUCACGAAUAGAAAUUAAUGAAACAGGUACAAUGCUGUUUUAUAAACCUGGCCUGUUAACUGGAGGAACCAUUGACCACGACUGUAAUCCUCAAAGAUCCAUUGGUUAUUACCUAGAAGCAGUGGUGCUGCUGGCACCAUUUUGCAAGAAACCUAUCAGACUUACUCUGAAAGGAAUAACAAAUGACAGACAUGAUCCAACAGUUGACAUCAUUAAAACAGUUACUCUCCCUCUGGUAAAGAAGUUUGUGGUGGAUGAUGAAGGCUUAGAUUUAAAGGUAUCAUUAGCUAUUAUUAAUGAAUGUAAUUAUUAUUAUUAUUAUUAUCAUUAUUAA